AUGUUCGGAAUGCGGGUGGCGGCGCCGAAGAUGCUGGUGGCACACCGCCACAUGGACAACAGCACGGGGAAGAUAGAGUCGGGGCGGCCAGUCAGGAAUGAAUCCGAGCUCCCAGAGAGGAAACAGUUGGCUGGACAUAAUCAUCGAUUUCUUGGAAGGGGGCCUUUCUCGUUCCGACGAGACCGUUAUGCUAGGACGAACAAUACCCAUUUGUGA